UGCAGCUGCCUGACCGGGAAUGAAGGCGCAACAAUACCCAGAGAGACGAUGUGAAGGAGCCGCCUCUUCUUUUACGCACACGACAACAGAGUGAAUCAGAAACGGAUCUGGGUGGUAAGAGACAGCUUUGGCACGGACAAAGAGAAGAAGUUCGCCUCAAAAGGUUUCUUUUCAAAAGCAGCAGAGAUGAGGUUGAAGAAGUCUACAGGUUGGAUUGUUGGAGGCUGGAUGGCGUGCGUCCUGCUUGGAUUUUACGCACAGAUCGUGGUCUCCAAAUCAGUCCAGUGUGAUGAAACUGAAUACCUGAAAGGCUCCAGGUGCUGUAAAAAGUGUGAACCAGGUUUCCGCGUUUUCUCCGACUGCUCUGAGUCCCACCAGACUAAAUGUCUCAAAUGUAAUUCUCGUGAAUAUCAGCCUGGAUGGACGGACGAGACCCUCUGUUUUCGCCAGAAGAUCUGUGAUCCAGGGAAGGGUUUUAUGCCAGGGCCUGAGAAUCCCAUAGCAGAGGAGCCGUGCCGCUGCCUCCCCGGCUUCCAGUGUUAUCCAAUCAACUGUGAGUACUGUGAGAGGAUCCCUACCUGUAAGGCUGGAUAUGGACUCGAGGUGGACCUUGAGUCUGCUCAUGGAAGAAAGAUCUGUGUUGAGUGUAAGAAAGGUUUCUACUCUGCUGAGAACAGCGCUGAGCAGUGCCAGCCCUGGACCAGCUGUAAAGCUCAGGGCCGGCGUGAAACCCAGCCAGGCUCUGCUCACUCUGACGCUGUGUGUGGACCGCCCAUCUCAGUAGCCGCUCCUUCCUGGGUUAUCGUGUCGGUGCUGUCGGUCAUCACUGUUCUCUGUCUCCUCAUCCUCCUCCUCUUCUGCUACAAGGACAAACUCAAGCUACUCUCUGUAAAUCUUCGAUCCUGUGUCCAGAAUCUGAAGAGGACGAGGAUCCAACAGGAGACUUUGGCCCCUCUCUACCACAGUGGAGCAGGAGGAGGAAUCGCAGCCAGUCCUGGAGGUCCCAAAUGUACCCCAUGUGAGAUGACCAAACUCAUCUGCCAAGCGCCCCACAGCACUGCUGACGAGCCCCUGUGUACCUUCCCUACCUCUGUUCCUGAAGUCAAAGUCUCACUGCCACCGACAGAAGAAGAGACCAAAAAGAAGACGAUGAUGGAGGGCAGGAGCGAAGGAUCCGGAGAACCAGAGGAGGUGUCAGAGGAGGAGGAGGAGGCUGGGAGCGUGUCUCCUCUUUUGGCUGGCUCUUGCAUUUGCAUCAUUCCCGUCAGAGAGCCGCUGGAGGUUGGGGAGAAUGAGGACUGUAGCCAGGCCGUCAGCUCUGGGACUGUGGGGACGUGCUCCUGUGGAGGUCUGGAUGGAGAUGAGAAACAGAGAGAGGAGAAGGGUGGCGUUAUAAUGACGGAAAACGGCGAGGAGAAGACGAAUCUUUCUAAGAUUGAUACCAGUGUGGUCUCCCUAGUUUCUCUCUCUUCUCCUCUCCUCCACACCUCCUCGAUCAGCCCUCCAUCCAGUCCUCUACCUGAACUCUGCUUGCCGUUGUCCCAGGCUGCGGUGAAACCAGACUUUAAACCUCAGCGGAGUGUCGGCUCCGGGGUCAAACAGGAGGACGUUUACGUACUGAAGAGCACGGACUCAGCAGAUAACAGUACGACCUCUACUACGUCCUCAGCCGGCCCUUUAAUGACCUCCUCAUCUGUUGGAGAUCUCUACCUGGGCAAACAGGCCAAGGUCUCCAGCCCAGAACAGAGUCCGGCUCUUUCCUGGGAGGAUGGCACAGGGAACAAGCUCUCUUCAUUGGAGUCUGGACUGGACUGUUCACCAGAGAGCCUCCAUAGUCAGCUGGCUGAACCAACUCUUACCUCAGGUCAGGUGUCCGGGAACCACAACACCACCUUCAUCUCCAGCGGCCAGGUUAUGAACUUCAGUGGGGAUGUCAUCGUUGUCUACGUCAGCCAGACAUCUCUGGGCAGCGACGGUACGGAACAGGACGACGCCUUCGGAAGCCCUGUCCAGGAAGAGGCCAACGAGACAGCCCCACUAUUUCAGAGCGGUUUAAGGUCACCAGGAGACUCAUAUUCCCAGAGGACCUUGCAGGAAGAGACUCUGCCGGUGCAGGAAGUGAUGGUGGAGCGUCAGCUGGGGAAGUGAAGAGAGAGCAGUGGCGGUUUAUUUAUCAGAACGGGGACGAUGCACACGUGACCUCUGAUGGUUUCUGUCAUUUCAUUUUUGUGAGUUUAAAACCGAUCCAGCAGCUGAGUGACCAGCGUACCACCAGAACAGAGAAUGAAACAGCCCAAGUGGAUGGUUGGUCAUGUGACCAGAGAGCAUUCGGCUGCCAAUCUGUCCUCAGGUCUCCUCGGCGUCUUUAAAGUGCCUUUUUGUCUUUUUCCAGCUGAAAGCUUGAGGCUUUUCGGAUGGAAUCUCCCUCCAUACCAGACAAUCAUGGGGAAUUUUGAUGGGAACUGGAUGUGGAACUUCAGACUGGAAGAAUGUCACGUUUUUUUUUUAUUGUUUUAUGGAAAUGACUUUGGGGGAAAAAACUAAGAGUUCGUCCAUUUUUUAUUCCCCAUCUAUCAUCAUUAGAUAACCUGGGUUGAUGUUCGAGGAGUUUUUGUUUUAAGCUCUUCUAAAUUUGACAUUUGGAUGAUUUCUACAGUUUCUAACAUAACAAAAAUAUCCACCAUGUGGAAGUGAUUUGGUUAGCUCUCACAAAUUUCUGCCAUUAAAGGAAACAAUUUUAUGGUAGAAAAUUCAAUCUCUCUGCAGCACUGGAGGCCUCUGCACACUGAGUCCAUUUAUUCUGUCUUAAACUGAAGAAUGUUUAAGAGAAAUAUGAUCUGAUGUUGAAGCAGUCCUGUUUGGACACCUUCUCUUUAACUCUCCUUCAACAAUUUAAUGUUCUUAACAAUUUUAGGCAUUUUUUCAUAUCCACCUAAGCAUUUGACCCAUAAAAUUCCUUUAAUUUAAAGUAUUUUUUUAUGUGAUUGAGGCAAUGAUCACAAACCAAACAUGCUCUAGGCUCUUUACAGAUCAAAUCAUGCAGCAGCACAGAACUCCUGUUGGGGGGCAAGUAGGGAUUUCUGCAUAGAGAAACUCUACCAAAAGGCUAUGUAAGGGCUGUCUAUGACUAUGGUAAGCAUUCUUAAUUCUUAAACUACAUUAUGUCCUGAAAGUAGUGAAAUUCCAUUCCUACAGCUCAGCCUGGUUCCAUCCAGUCCGGUUCAGUUCAGUCUGGUUUGGUUCAGACCAGUUUGGUUCAGUCUAGUUCUGUCCUGGUUUAGCUCAUUAAACUCUGAUCUUACCCGUGUUUUCCUCAGCUGAUGUACGUUCAGUCUCUCUCAUUGUGACGGGAAAUCCAUCUCUUUUUAGAGAUCCAGAUCAUGUGACCCAGCUCAGUAGAGCUGGCUUCUCCUCAUUUGGUACCAGUUUGGCUUUUUAAAUGUGGAUUAAAUAAGGACAGCGGAUGGAAGAAAGGAAACUGGCACUCAAACAAGAGCUAGCUACAGUGGCUCACAUUAAAGAGCCGUUUAGUAGAACAGGCUCGUUCAUGAAAGGCUCAUCAUCACUCGGUCUUUCACCGCACAAGGUUUAUUCUGUUGAUAACAUCACCGUUUACAUUAAAGAAUGUUUGAGACUAAAUGAGGAUGUUUAUGUAUUAAAACCAAUAGUGCAAACUAGCUAAAACAUAUGAAGAGCUCCUUUGAGAUGGAUGGACUCAGUGUUUACUUUUUUUUCGUUGUUGUUGAAGGAGUGAAAGAGCCACUAAAUCACUUUAAUAGCUCCAUUACUCUAUUUAGUCCCAUAUGGCAAAAUGUGUAAUUAAUACAGAAAUAAAUGCAGGGGACUCUGAGUAAGUUAUCUAUGUGUGGUGAUAUUGAUCAUAGAUCUGAAAAAUAGACUCAGUGUGCAAAGACCUUAACACCUGGCCUGGCAGAGUUAUGUCCUCCAAUGGACCAGGCCAUGUACAGCUAAUGCCUCGGACCCCCUCUUCCAGUGGACUUGGUGCUGAGUCCCUGAUGUGAAAUGUCCCAAAAUUGUUGUUUUUUUUCUGGUUUUUGGGGUUUAACAGUUUCACAGUAAAGUGAUACGUCCAGUUGUUUUUUAUCCUUUAUUUUGAGAUUUUUGUUUUGUUUUAUUGCACCAGAAGUGCAGUUUGUCUUAAAGAAGAAAUGCUAUGCAUUUGAUAAGCUAUUUUAUUUUGGGUGUGUUCUGUUUUAUUUUGUCUUAAUGUCCAACCUUUAUGAAGUCAAAUGUCAGCCUGUUUAUAUUAUUAAUUUUACAGAACAGAUUGUUUGUGGAUAAUUUCAAGAUGCAUCUGUGAUCCAUGUGUGUAUAUAUAUGCUUGGUAUUUUUUAACAUGAAUGAGAUUUAUCUGUGCUGCCUCUGGUUUGGUUUGGAUGUGUGAAGUGCUGCCAUGAACAUCAGGCAGGGCUGGCAACACACCUGACUGUUUAUAAGAUUUAGUUUUGGACUUUUUAUCAUUAUUCAAAGAGGGGAAAAAAAGGAUAGUGUAGAAAUCAGAGAGAGAGUGAGUUUGGCUGAUUAAAGUAAUUUAAAGAGAAGAACUGUUUCGACCAAAAGUAAAUACUAAAAUGUAAAGACUUUAAUUGAUAAAAACUAAAGUCAAAUGUGUCCGAGUUUUCACUGAUAUAAACAAUAAAGAUUAAAAAUGACUAAAACAAGGAUUAGAAUAGGGUUUUCAUCUAGAGACUUUAUUUAACGUAGUAGUCUAAAUGAACCCUGGUUCCAACACAAACCCCUCAGGAAGAGUCACUAACAGGAUGCUGUGUACUUUAACACCUCACCAACAUGGCAGCCAUACCAUCACCCUUCUUCCCUAUAUGGAGGCUGAGAGAGCCUUCUAAAACAGUCUGGUGUGCAGCCAGUCUUAAGGUGUUAGAGUGCUGUUUAAGGACCACCUGACCACAUACAGAGCCUUUUUCCUGAUCAUGUACAUUUCAAUCAGAG